AUGGGCAUCUCAAAGGUCUCUUUGGCCUUCAUUUUGUUGGCUGUCACGUUUCGGCAGAGGAUCCAGGGAUCUCAAGAACCGGCAUGCAAUUUGAAGGACUUAACAGCCCUCAAAGGUUUCUCCAAUUGUUUAGGAUCAGAUAUUGGCGGGUGGAACUGGAACAGCUUCAAUUGCUGCUCCUGGACGGGCAUCACUUGUGAUAAUUCCUCUUUUGUAAAUAAAAGAGUUGUUGGGUUAGAACUUGGGAACAAAAGACUUGCAGGAACAAUAUGUGAGACUUUGGUUGGAUUAGAGCAAGUAAGAAUCCUGAACCUCUCUCAUAAUUUUUUCCAUGGUAAAAUUCCCACCAACUUGUUUCGUUUUCAGAACCUGGAAGUCCUGGACUUGAGUAACAAUGAUUUCGUCGGUUCACUUCCCGUUGUUAUUCAUUUACCCUCAAUAAAGUAUUUUGACCUCUCGAAGAAUCAUUUUUCUAGCUUGCUUAGUUUAGAGCUUUGUAAAACUUCAUCUCAUAUCCAGUAUAUUAAUCUUGCCAAUAACUUCUUUGGAGAAGCUUCACUAUAUUUGGAGAACUGUACUUCAUUGCAUUAUGUUUACCUUAAUGGCAAUGGACUAUCAGGAGCUUUCCCUCAGAAUUUGUACCGGAUACAAUAUCUUAGAAUACUGCACCUUCAAGAAAAUAGGUUUUCAGGGCCUUUGCAUUACGGUAUUGGUAACCUCUCUAACCUUGUUGAAUUGGAUAUCUCCUCCAAUGGGUUCAAUGGAAGUCUUCCAGAUGUUUUUGGGAGACUGAGAAAACUGGAUUCCUUCUCUGCCGGCUCAAAUAGUUUAACUGGCUUAUUGCCUAUUUCUUUGGUGAAUUCUCCUUCGCUUUCGAUAGUUGAUCUGCGCAACAAUAGUCUGGAUGGGGCCAGUUCCUGA